GGCAGCGUUUGAUUGACACGGCGGCCAUUUUCCCGCCGGACGCUCCAAUAUCAUUGUGUGAGAGGCAUUAAAUACCGAGGCUGCGAGAGACUAAAACCGCACAUUUAAACGACAUUAAACGCCGUUUCUCUCAGCUCGAAUCAGGACCUUGAACCCGCAUCAGCAUGGCACGUACCAAGCAGACCGCCCGCAAAUCCACCGGGGGGAAGGCGCCCCGCAAGCAGCUCGCCACCAAGGCAGCCCGCAAGAGCGCGCCCUCCACCGGCGGAGUGAAGAAACCGCAUCGCUACAGGCCCGGUACCGUGGCCCUGCGUGAGAUCCGCCGGUACCAGAAGUCCACGGAGCUGCUGAUCCGCAAGCUUCCGUUCCAGCGUCUGGUGAGGGAGAUCGCGCAGGACUUCAAGACCGACCUGCGCUUCCAGAGCGCUGCCAUCGGAGCCCUGCAGGAGGCCAGCGAGGCAUACCUGGUCGGGCUCUUUGAGGACACCAACCUGUGUGCCAUCCACGCCAAGAGAGUCACCAUCAUGCCCAAAGACAUCCAGCUGGCCCGCCGCAUCCGCGGGGAACGCGCCUAGAACACGGCUAGAACACGGCUAGAACACGGCUACCAGCAGGGAAAAAAAACGAACCGAACAAAGACAGCAGUAAUAGCAAAAGAGAAAUUAUAUAUAUCUUUUUAUGAAUAAUAAUAAUGUUCUCCAUUAGAGAUGUUAUUAUUAUUAUUGAUUUCCUCUCUCCUCUCUUCCUGUCUGUGUGUUUCUAGUUGCUUGAUCAUCAUGAUGAGAAGUUGCGGUGUCUUUGGCUCAUGCCCUUGUCUUUAGAAGUUAGUCCCGUGAGAGAGUUUAUAUUUUAUUUGUUAUUUUUUUAGGAUACUUCUACUGUUUGUUGUGUGUGCAUGCUCCAGCUUUGUUGCUGUGGGGUGGGGGUAGGAGGGGUAGGAGGGGGGGUUUGUUCAAAUCGAUGGUGCUCAGUAAACCCUGGCCUAGACUCUGAGCUUGUCUGUCUGUGUCUGUGUGUGUGUGUGUGUGUGUGUGUGUGUCCUGCCAGCCCCCUCACUCUGCUUCAGUUAGAGCUGUUGGGUACAUUACAUAUGGUUUUUAACUUUUACGCUGAGAUUCUUCUUGCUGUAGUUUUGCAGAUUGACAGACGCCAGCUUUUGCAUCAGCCCGACUUCCCCAGAAAGUAGUCCACAUUGGAAACUUCUAGUGGAAAUGUUUGCCAUUGAAUUCAUUGAGCUUCCUUCAGUGUUUCUAUUGAAGACGCUAAGAAAGACCUCAAGUGAACAGGCUUGUCAUUGAAUCAGUGAGGUUUGCUGUUGUGUAUCCCAGUUCACACAGACGCAGACACACACACAGUCACACAGACAGACACAGUCACACAGAUGCAGACGCAGUCACACAGACACAGUGACACAGACGCAGACAGUCACACAGACACACACACACACAGACACCACACACAGUAACACACACACAGUCACACAGACACAGUCAUACAGAGUCACACAGACAGACACACACACAGUGACACAGAUGCAGACGCAGUCACACAGACACAGUGACACAGAUACAGACACAGUCAUACAGACACAGUCAUACAGUCACACAGACAGACACACACACAGUGACACAGACACACACACACAGUCACACAGACACGCACACACAGUCAUAGUCACGCACACACAGACAGUCACACAGACGCUGCCCCUUGCUUGUUUGCAGCCUUGUUCACUGCUGCACCAUCCAGCCAGCUGAUUGUCAGAGAGGCUGGACCUGCAGUGCUGGGGGAGCCUGUGUGUCUGCACAGCGUAUUCAAACCUAGAGCCUCGCUCAAUCCCUACUAUUAUUAUUAUUACUACUAUUAUUAUUAUUGCUAUUAUUAUUAUUAUUAUUAUUAUUAUUAUUAUUAUUAUUAUUAAGUAUAUUAUUUUUAUGGUGUUUUGCUGUUUUUUCUUUCAAUUUAUUUUCUUCAUAAAUACAAAAAUCAAUAAAGAUUGUAAAGGUUUCUUUUAUUUUUUUUUUCAGUUUAUAUAUUUUUUUUGCCGAUGCUUCAGUGCAGCCGGUGUUUGGAGCUCGCUUCAUGAAGAGCUGUGUUUUUAUUAAGAGUAAAGGACCAGUUCAUCAGAGUGGGAAGGUUGCCACGCAUCUAAAUAAAACAAAUGCAACUGUGGCCAAAAUAUCACAUCACCUGCAAUGAGACAUCAUCAUAAAAAAACCAAACAUCAUGUGAUCAAAGAAACUGCACAAUGAUAUCGCCAAAAAAAAAGCCUACCGGAAGCCAUAACAGCAGCAGUAGUAUUUCAUGUUAGAUUUCCAAAUGUCACAUUCUUCAAUUGUCAGUUUUUCAUUAAGUAUCUGAAAAGUGGUGUGCAAUUCAAUAUGUUAACAAGGUAACAUUAUUCAGCAGCUUUCAUUGGACUCUAUGAAGCUGAGGGAGUUCAUUCUAUAUAGAGGGGGUGGAAUUCAAUAUGUUAACAAGGGAACAUUAUUCAGCAGCUUUCAUUGGACUCUAUGAAGCUGAGGGAGUUCAUUCUAUAUAGAGGGGGUGGAAUUCAAUAUGUUAACAAGGGAACAUUAUUCAGCAGCUUUCAUUGGACUCUGUGAAGCUGAGGGAGUUCAUUCUAUAUAGAGGGGGUGGAAUUCAAUAUGUUAACAAGGGAACAUUAUUCAGCAGCUUUCAUUGGACUCUAUGAAGCUGAGGGAGUUCAUUCUAUAUAGAGGGGGUGGAAUUCAAUAUGUUAACAAGGGAACAUUAUUCAGCAGCUUUCAUUGGACUCUGUGAAGCUGAGGGAGUUCAUUCUAUAUAGAGGGGGUGGAAUUCAAUAUGUUAACAAGGGAACAUUAUUCAGCAGCUUUCAUUGGACUUUACAAAGCGAAAUUAGUUCAUUCUGUAUAUAGAGGGUGAUGCAAAACGUUUAGCCGUAGCUGUAGUUUCGUGAAUAGGCUUUUGGGAGAAGUAUACAUUAUAUAUUAAUUUCACUUUUUAUUUCUGAAACUGCUGUGGGUCGGUGAUGGCUUUUGUUGGCUUUUAUUCCUAAAAAACAGCAUUCUUAAAAUAGAGACUUUAUCCUGUCUUAACCCUGUGAUGCCCGAGUGUUUUUUUUUUUUUAAUGAGAAAAGGCUACUUUAUUUACGUAACUAGAUUCUUCCAUUUUCUUGUACAAACCUUUUUUUUCCCACCUGUCUGGAAACGGGUACAGUAAUGUACUGCAUGUUAAAAUGACUUGUGAGGCUGGGUUAAUCAGACGUGAUACACAAACGGGCAUUGCAGGGUGAAGAGUUGAGAAUGGAUCUCUACCUCUAAGACAGGGGCUGGCAACCUUGGCUCUUCCAAGACAUUCCACUGCAGGACUUUGUUCCAACCAGACCUUUAGUUAUGUAAUUAACCUCCAACAGGGUCAAUUGAAUAAUCAGAGGUCUGGUUGGAACAAAGUCCUGCAGUGGAAUGUCUUGGAAGAGCCAAGAUAUCCGGUCACUCACUCAUUUCACAUGUUUAUAUGUUUUUUUUUACUUCUUUUUCCUUCUCAAGUUAUUCUAUACAAUUAUCUGAAUGGAUAUAUAUACAGGCUGCCUGUAUCUCUCAGAGUCUCGGGUAUAUAUAUAUAUAUAUGUUUUUUUGGGGGGGGUUUAAUGUUUUGAAUCUUUUUUGUAAUUUCUACAUUUUAUUUUUCAUUCUUAAGGUGGUGUAAUAAAUAUAGAUGUUAGACACACACAAAAAAAAAUAAUAAAAUUAAAUAAAAACA